UCGGUCUAAUCACGAGGAGGGAAAUCUAGUAACGUAAUUUUAUGCCAUAGAGCCAGUAGUCAUCGCGUUCAACGAAAAUCUAUGCUAUAUCGCUAAAGGCCAUCGGGUUCAACGAAGUUUUAUCCAUACCGCCAGGAGUCGUCGGUUUCAACGAGGCUUUAUUCCAUACCGCCAGGAGUCAUCGGAUUCAACGAAACUUUAUGCCAUACCGCCAGGAGUCAUCGGGUUCAACGAACAUUUCAGCCAUACCACCAAGAAUCAUCGCGUUCAACGAAAAUCUAUGCCACAUCGGCCAAGAGUCAUCGGGUUUAACGAAACUUUAUGCCACACCUCCAGGAGUCAUCGCGUUUAAACGGACUUUAAUCAGAGAAGAGAAAAAUUAUAUUCGAUAUCAGGGUGGAUAUUGUGUACGCUUAUUACUCUAUGUUUGAAGUUAACGCCGAGCCAUGUUGACAUUUGAUCGCAGUCUCAAUGGCAAUCAUACCACUCGUGACGCUUUUACUUUUCAAGUUUGGAGGUGCUCUCGGGUUGAUGGCGGUAACGAAUACCCUAAGUAAUUCACGACCACGCCUCGGCGAAACGAUAACGCUCAACUGUACUGUGUCGGGUGGAGCCGGCAGCGUUCUAGGGUGGUACGUGUUCGCACAUGAUAGGGAAGAAACAAUACAUUUGUCGAACGAUUGUUCUGUUGUUGCAAAGGAGUAUAAAUCAAGAUUAACAAACACUAAAUGUGAUUCGAAUGAUGAUAAUUAUAAUCACAUUUUUCAGUUAAGUAAUGUUCAAAUUUCGGACCGAGGGUCGUGGUACUGUCAGGCUUUUGGCACAGUCCGCUGGACUUCGAUAAGUAAGCUUGAAUUGAAUGUUUUAGGUCCACCCCUCACCCCGACAAUCACAAAUCCAUCGCCAGUCAAAGUUGGAAAAACUGCCAAGUUCACCUGCAAUGCCGAAAAUGGAAGCGUCACGAAACCAGUCACGUACACGUGGACUAAAAAUGGCGACGCUGUGUCACCAGGGACCAUUGAACCUGGUGCCCUGCUUUUCAUGCCCGUCAAGAAGAGUGAUGCCGGGAAAUAUGUCUGUGUCGCGAAAAAUGAUGCUGGAUCUAUGACAAGCAUUGAACAGGAUUUUGUUGUAUACUUUCCCCACAAAGUUGAAGUCAAAACCAACAAGAUUGCUGCAAAUGAAAAUGAAUUCGUGCGGUUUGAAUGUGCUACCAGCGGCGGCAACCCAGAGCGCGUCGAGCGGUACCAGUGGCUCUGGAUGAAGAGCAGCUCCAACGCGGAGCUGUUCAUCCAGGACACCGCGACCAGCAGGCAGAAUGGAAAGUUCUUAGAGUUCGCGCGUAUAACGUACGAUAGGAGUGGGACAUACUCCUGUGAGGCUUGGAACCUUGGUGGGAUGGGAAAGGCGUCGAUUGACCUCAGUGUACAAUACUCUCCAAGAAUAGACCCAGAUGUGAAAAUGAAGUAUGACGUGGUAGGCGAGAUGGGCAAGGAGGCAUCAUUCGAACUGUUCAUCAUCGCCAAUCCGACUCCGGACACAACCGGUUACAACUGGUCCAAAGAUGGCGACAUCCUGUUGAACCCAUCGGGAAAAUAUGAAAUUAUUUCUGGGCCCAGGUCGAGCAAGUUGAUAAUCAGAAACAUCAAAUCCUCCGAUUAUGGGAACUACAUGUGUUCUGUGAAAACGAGUGGAUUUCAAGUGAAGGUCUUCAAGUUUAGGCUUAUCAAAGCAGUUGUUGUUGGUGUUGGCGGUCUGGUUGGAGUCGGAGUUGGAGCUGCAGUCAUUGUAGCGAUAGCCAGCGUGGGUUUGGCAGUUUUUCUACGGAAACGUGCACUGGUACGUCAGAGAAAGAGGCAGAGUAGACAACCCGCAAAUGACACUGCAGAUUACGAUGAUACGAGGGUUGUAUUCACAACACCCGGAGAUAUUUCUGUAUAUGACGAUAUCGGAGGUGAUGAGUACGAAAGUUCUGCUUCUCACCCCGAAAGCGCGGCCGGCCAAAACCCCGCAGAGCCCAGGAUUACGGGGCACCACGUUCCAGAACAUGGAGUCCUUGGGGAUGUGCCUGCGACCUCAGAUGAGGACGAGGCUGCUUACGACUAUGUGCAAAAUUACACCUUGAAGCUACAUGAAUGUGUUUUAGGUCAGAACACGAUUCCUGCUCCUAAGGUGAAUUGGGCGGAUCCGGAGUAUACCGUCCAGUACGAACUCAUGCAAAGGAGGCCAGAGUCAAUAUACACAUAUAACGACUUACCAAUCCUCUCACAGGGACCGCCAGACCGAAGCAAGGCCAAGUGUGAUUCGAGACAAGUCGAUGGAGCCGAAAAUUUGACUCCAACUCGCUCGAGUGACAAUGCGUCUCACGUUAAAGAGUCACCAUAUGCACAUCUAGAGCCAAUGGAAACGAUACAGUAUUUAGAUUUCAGUCAGCUGAGUCCGGAACAAUUGAUCGAGGUCGAUUUAUAAUUUUAAAGGAGGAACAUGGCCGUGUUCGUUCGUGGUUGUGAUGGCUGUGGUAUUGAAACGACCAGGGUUUUUGUUCAUCAAGAUCAUCUUCGUUUCUAAUGACAACACUACCCCUGACUUCCCCAGGUUUUUAUGUAUGAUCCAGUAGUUUUGUGUGUGAUGAUCAUGCCUGAAAGUAUAGUUUUCAUUCAACGUGUUAUGCUAACAUUGUGAGAACCAUCUUUGUUUACACAUUUUAGAUAUCAAUUGGUUCUGACCAUUUGGAGCGUUUUGAUUGGUUGAAAGUUUGCUACUCCAGUUGUAAUUUCCUGGAAGUUCUCACUCAUGUUUUUGGGAGUAAAGAUGAAUUCAGCACAUAAUAGAUAGAUUAUGUUAUUAAAAGCCAGGUACCUUGGGUAAUAUCAAUUGUAGGAUGUAUUGAGCAUAUUUCUACAACCUUGUAUGUAGUUAGGAAACUUUUAUAGAGUGUUUUAUCCGAGUCUUUCAACCACCUUUACUCUGGUUUUAUAGAGUUUGUACAAAGUUCGUUUUCGCAAUGCAUUGUGGGUAAGCAUCUUAUUUGCAUGCUGCUAUUUAAAUGGCAGCACCACUUUAUUUGAUCAAAUUGACUCACGCCGCGAUUAGACGCGAAUCCAUCAACUUAAUGACCAUGCUGUGAUGCCAAAAACCUUCUGCUGCGGAUGUUCAACAUGCAGCUAAAACUCCUGCGUAUUUCUCCUGCUUACUAGCUCAGUGGAUCACUGGGGAACCAGGAUUGCACAGGUAUUUAGAAAUCGGUAUCGAGUAUCUUUCCUAAUGGGGGUCGACUCACGUGCUUUCUUUCAUGGAAACACUUUUCAUAACUGGUGGUUGCUCACAGAGUUAGUCUGCAAAAGGGCCCAGUUCGUAUCAAAUUUGCCUAAGAUCUUGUAGCGUUAUACUCGCGUAUAUCACUCCAAUAUUCCGAAAAUUACAAAACCAAAUUUCUUACUUUUUAGAGUCUUGCAAGCUGCCAUUCAAGUUCUUUGUUCUGCCAUGCUGUUUUCGGGUCAAACUCCCUUUGCUUUGCACUUGUAUCUCUACGUGUAUUGUGAUGAUGUAAUGAUUGUGCCAUGCUGU